GGAGCGCUCCAAGCCUCUCGGCGCCGCUCGCCUGUCCUUCAUCUCCGGUUCCUUCCGAGCGCGCAGUGCCCUGGCCCAUCCUUUGCCUCUCAGUCUUGACAGCUCGGCUAACUCCUAUUCACCCUUCGAAACCCAUCUCCGGUCGUACCUGGUUUGUCGCCUCCAUCAGUCCGUGGCCUCCGGCGCAGGAUCGGUGUUUUGUGUUUAAUCUCUGUCCACGCCAGAUAGAACAUAAGGCUUGGCACAGAGUAGGUUAGUCUGCCCUCAAAGGACAGCAAGAAACUGCAUCUUCAAUGGCUUCUUUGGUGGCUUAUGAUGACUCAGACUCAGAGGCCGAGACCGAGGCUGCGGGAAGUGUUAAUGCCACCAGCCAGAUGACGGACACUCGCGAUGUGGUCAAACCCCGAGGGCAGGAUUUUGCACCCGGAGGCCUGGACGUGACGGAAGGGGGAGCACUGGCCACAAAGCCUGGUUCUUGUGAAGACCCAGCCGGCCAUCGUCUCCCGCUGGCUCGGCUCUGGAGAAGUGACCCGGGGUCUUGCCCCAGCCGGAGGCUCCAGUGGCCCAGGACGGAGCCCGAAGUCACCUUCCCCACGAACGAGCCUCCUUGUCCUUCCCUGUGGGCCAGCCACACUCCGGCCGGCCACGUGCCCCUGGCAGCUGCCCAUGUUAAACAGGUAAAACCCUCCUGGGGGACUGCCGGCUCCCCUGAGCUGUCUUUCUGUGCCCAAACCAAAUGUGACACCUCAGGGACAAAUGGCAGCUCCCUGCAGAGGAGAAGGCGUGAGGACUGCGUCAUCCCCUACACCCCGAAAAGACUCAGACAGUUGCAAGCAGUAGGUGCCGAAACAGGCAAGAGCAACGAGGCAGAGGCCCGGGGCCCCUGUGCCCGGCGAGCCCCGGCCCCGCUCUGCGUGGCCUCCAGAGUGUCCGAGUUUAUUCAGCCGUAUUUGGACAGCCCGUAUAAAGAAACCAAGAUUCCCAGGAGUGUGCUCUUCCAUCUGAGAGGCCACCGUGGCCCUGUCAACGGUGUCCAGUGGUGUCCAGUACCUUCUCAGAGCCACAUGCUGCUCUCAGCUUCUAUGGAUAAAACCUUCAGGGUGUGGAACGCUGUGGACUCAGGGGGCUGCUUGCAGACCUACUGCCCGCACAGCGAGGCCGUGCGGGCUGCCCGCUGGUCUCCCUGUGGCCAGCGCAUCCUCAGUGGGGGCUUCGACUUUGCCCUGCACCUAACAGACCUCGAAACAGGGACCCAGCUAUUCAGUGGUCAAAGUGACUUCAGGAUCACUACCUUGAAGUUUCAUCCCAAAGACCACAGCCUUUUUGUGUGUGGAGGCUUCAGCUCCGAAAUCAAAGCUUGGGAUAUAAGGACCGGCAAGGCUGUUAGAGCUCCAGGACUGCGGUGGGCCCCUCACCACCGGGGAGGAGAGGCACCUCGGUACACAGGCCACAUCCAGGGACACGAGGUGGCCGGACUACUCCUCUCUUGGCAUUUGCUGUCUCCGACGUCUCUGAUUCCCUGCUCCGCACCUGAACUUGGGGAUGGAGAGGGCUUCAGGAAUGGGGGAAGGAAGGCCGUCAGGCUCCUCGUGGCCCAGGUGGUGAGAAGCUACAAGGCAACCAUCCAGCAGACCUUGGACAUCCUCUUCCUCCAGGAGGGCUCCGAGUUUCUGAGCAGCACAGAUGUUUCGAGCCGGGACUCCGCCGACCGCACCAUUAUCGCCUGGGAUUUCCGGAGCUCCGCCAAAAUCUCCAACCAGAUUUUCCAUGAGAGAUACACCUGCCCCAGCCUCACCUUGCACCCGCGGGAGCCUGUGUUCCUGGCGCAGACCAAUGGCAACUACCUGGCCCUCUUCUCCGCCGUGUGGCCCUACCGGAUGAGCAGAAGGCGGCGCUACGAAGGGCACAAGGUGGAAGGCUACUCGGUGGGCUGCGAGUGUUCCCCGGACGGGGACCUGCUGGUGACGGGCAGCGCUGACGGCCGGGCCCUGCUGUACAGCUUCCGCACUGCCAGCCGAGCGCGGAUACUGCCCGGGCAUGCCCAGGCCUGUGUCGGCACCACAUUCCACCCUGUGCUGCCCUCCGUCCUCGCCACCUGCUCCUGGGAGGGCGAUGUUAAGAUCUGGCACUGAGCCUCCGAGUGUGGAACCUUCCAGACGCCAGCAGGGUCCCAGGCUCCCCUUCUUCUGUGGGGUGGGUUGUGUAAGCACUGAGGUUGGCUUCGAGGUUGGCUGCCUCCACCCCCCUGUAAGCCUCAGUUUCCUCAUCUGUAAAAUGGGGGCAAAGUCCGUUUGUCUCAGGGUCAUGAGGACCACAUUAGUGAAGGCACCUGGCAGGUUGCUGGUGACGCUCAAUAAAUGUGAGUGUUUUGCUAUUUCUUAGGUUAUUUCAGCGGCAGAUACGUUUUGGCAGCUUCGUCUUGCAGGCCCACAGGAGCUCUGACACAAAGAGGAUGGUGGGGGCUUGAGAUGGGGUCAGCCUGGCUCUGCUGGGCCUGAUGAGGGAGUGCCCAGGGCAGAUGGAGGCUCUGGGGAACUGUGGGUCUGAGGUCUGCCCUCAGGAGCUCCGUGCUGGAGCAUGGCAGGCCCUGCUGCUCACAGGGCGCAGGCCCCUCGAGCUGUGCACACACAGCGUGGCCAGCUGGGCCCCUGGGUCUGCCCAAGCCCUGGGGCCCUCUAGGCUCCCUCUUGCCCACUGCCUGUUGGUGUGCAUGCUGCCCACGCGAGUGUGUCUGCCCUGGGUGAAGCAGCAA